CGUUGGCGCACUAUACUUGCCGAAAGUAAUGUGAUACAGUGAUUUCGGAUUUGUUUUAUUUUUAUUAUUAUAUUUUUUAUAUACAUCACAUAUAUAAAUUUCGAAAUGACGCUGAUCUUUUUUUUGAUGGUGCUGCUUUCAGCAAGCAGCCUAUCAACAACAAAAGAAAUAGCUGACAAAUCGAAAGUGUCCAAACUUCUUGCCACUGAGGGGAUCAAAGAUGGCGUUACGUCAGACAAGGGGGUGAAGAGACACAUCCCGGCUUAUGGGUACGGGGGACACUCCAUCGGGAUUUCAGCAGCACCAGCUAUUAGCAUAGGCCACUCGGUUGGCCUGGGUCACUCUGUUGGACUAGCUGGCCACUCCAUCGGUCUAGGCGGCUCCGGUAUCGGUAUAUCUUCAGGAGGUAUAAUCGCCGGAGGUGUAGGAGGGGGCCUAGGAGGAGGAAUAGGGGGCGGUAUUGGUAUAGGGGGAGGCGGUAUUGGUAUUGGAGGAGGCGGUAUUGGUAUUGGAGGAGGACCAGCAGUCGCAGUAGCUGGCCCAGCAGUUGCCGCAGGACCCGUCGCAGUAGCAGCCGGCCCAGCAGCAGUACAAACAUCCGUGAACAUAGAACCAAACCCCGUAAUCUUACGUCAGGAAGUACCUCGCUACAUCACCAGAACAAUCACGCGAGACGUACAAGUUCCAGUACAAGUGCCUGUUCCGGUCCCUGUUGACCGUCAGGUACCAGUCCCUGUGAGGGUCCCGGUACCCGUGACUGUCGACAGGCCGGUGCCUUAUCCAGUAGUACAAAAAGUCCCCGUGGAAGUCACAAGGCAAGUGCCUGUGUAUUAUGAGAGGAAAGUGCCAUAUCCCGUGAGGGUUCCCGUGAAUGUGCCUGUGCCGUACCCCGUGACUGUCGAGAGGCAUGUUCCUGUCGACAGGCCUGUGUAUGUAGACCGUCAGGUCCCAGUGCCACAGCCCGUCUACGUAGAUCGUCCCGUACAAGUUCCGGUACCUGUACAAGUGGACAGGCCCGUGCCUGUGCCCCAACCUGUUGUGGUAGACAGGCCCGUUCCUGUGCCUCAACCUGUAGUUGUCGAGAGACGAGUUGCUGUGCCUGCUGUUGCCGCAGUUUCUGCCGUCCCCGUUGCGGUUGGCGGAGGAGGUAUAGGAAUCGGCGGAGGUGGUAUAGGAAUCGGCGGAGGUAUCGGCGGUGGUAUCGGAGGAGGUGUAGGAGUCGGUGGAAUUUCGGGAGGUAUCAUCUCGAGUGGUAUUGGGGGAAUAUCCGGCGGUUACGGAGUGUCGGGAGGCUACGCAAGCGGCUAUGGGGUGUCUUCAGGCUACGGUGGAGGCUACUCCAAGACCAUUUCGUACAACUCUAUUGGUCACCACUAAUAUGUUAUAACCAGGUGUAUCAAGAUGCAUUAUAUCUUUGUAAUUAAAGUUAUUUUACCAGU